AUGAUGUCAGCUCAAGAAACGGCAGAUAAAUGUAAGAUCAUGUAUGCACUGUGGGUAUAAAAUUUGAAUAUUUUUGGUCUUUCAUAAAUUCAGUCGUCACUCAAAAAUUUAGAAGUUACUCAUGAUGUAAGAUUGCAAUUUUUCAUUUUUGUAGCAUGAGAUCAGCUUAUCACAUGAUCGGUGAAUAAUUCAUCAUCUGUAAAUAUAGCUAUUAAUUCUGUCCUGAGUUCAUACAAACUCUGUUUUGCCGGAUGUUUCUGGCGAAAAUGUCACCGCUUUUAGCUUGAAUACAUAUAUUCCAGUUAAGAUCAGUUAUAAUUAAUACUUCUCAGCAUAGGCUUAUGCACUGUAUGGUGUAAGCUUUCAAAUUAUUCUUUUGUUGUUGUUACUUGAAAUCAGCUGAUUACACGAUCGGCGAAGAAUACGUAUAACAUCAAUGAUUGUAAAUUUAUUAUUUGAAGGAAAAUUCAAUUUGCAAUUUGAAGAAAAAAAAAAGUUCAUGUUUUGAACAUUGUAAAUGUAUCACGAAUAAGACGAGUUUAAAGAUUUACUCUACAGCACGCACCUAUGAACAGUUACUGUCCAGUUUUAUUCAGUUCCUACUUCAAAAUUUAAUUAUGUUCAAAGUCAUGUAAAUUAUAUAUAUGAAAUCAGUUGAUCACAUGAUUGGUCAAAAAUAGAUAAUCAAUAACUGUCAUUUUAUUCUACCAGACUUUUAAUUAAAAAGGUUUCUUUUGUGUUAAUAUUUGUUUUCUAGUCCAAAAAAAAAAAGGUUGAAAUUUAAUUUGCCAGAAUUCACUAUACACACAUAUGCAAAAUUUAGUUCAGUUAUCCUUAAGACUUUGUUGCAUGGCUUAUCAAUCCUUGUUCAAACAGUUUCAGGCUCAGACUCUUUCUCUCAGGGUCAGCUGACUUAAUCCUGUGAUUUAUCAUUUGCUUGAAUCAUCAGUUUUAAUAUUAUGGUACUGAGUGAAUUGCUUAGAAAGUGCAAAUUUUUCAAUAAUGGAGAAAAAUGUUUCUUAUUUAAUGUUUACACAGUGAACAACAGCCUACCAAUUCAUUUGACAGCUUCAAAUGUACAGCAGAACCCAGAAUUUGUAAAAUUGUUAAUGUCACUGACAAGACAUCUGACAGACAGUGGCAUGUCAGUUGCUGUUCAUAAAGACAUGUUACAGGUUAGAAACGGGCCAGGCACUGCCAGUCUCAAUGCCUUUGUUUUUUAGGGCAGUUUCAGCUGUCUCACUUUAUUUGAAAUUAAUGAUGAUGAAUGGUUGCCAAUAUUGAUCUAUCCACAUGUUCAAGCCAAGAAAAUAUUACUCAACUUCACCUUACUGGAAUAAAUAGCAUUUUUUUUUUUUACUUUUACCACUGAAACAAAACCAAAAAUUGAGAUGUAUAAAUUAAACUAGUUCCUUUACAAUAAAGAAAUAAACAUCUAAUGUGCCAAUAAGGAGAAAUAUCACAAGUAACAUUUAUAAUGCACAGUCCUAUUAAGGCUUAGAAUGCUGAGAAAAAAUAAUUUUUCUUUCCUUCAAUGAACAGGCUGAGGAUGCUUUAAGAGAACAAAAAUUGAAGUACCUUCAGAUUUGGACAUUGUACUCAGAGCUAAAGGAUUUGUUGAUUGAAUAUGACAUAAAGAAACAAGAUGUUCAUCCCAGUUCAGCCACAUUACAAGUAAGAGGAUUACUUGAAAAUGAAACCUUGCUAGUUUACAUUGUUUUGUUGCAAAAUCAGGUGGAUGCCAGUGUAUUCUAUAGCUGAUUUCUAGAAAACAUUGGCCAGAGUUUCAUCCUCAUGGGUUUGAGAAGUAGAAUGGUGAUAAUAGAUAGGCACCAGUAAACUGCUAGGGAAAUGUGACAUAAAGCAGGGUACAGUGAUGUAAUCUGUGAUGAAUGUUCAUCCUGCCCAUCAAGAGUACCAGAGAAACUGAGAUAACUUCUGGCAGCUAUACAUGCAACUGAUUAAUUGAAGAUUUUUUUUCUUUUCUGUGAUUGAUAGCUUUAUGAAGCCCUGAAGGUGUCUCUUGCACAGGCAGAGGCACUUGACUACAUAGAUUUCCACCCUGAAGGAGGUGAACAAUCUGCAACAUUGCUUGGACUGAAAGCAGAACAACUACUUGCAGGAGAACAUCAGAGAAAGUCCUUACACCAAGUAAGCUUUAAGUCAUUUGUAUGAUUUUUGUUGUGGACAUUGUGCAUGUUGUGUUAAGUUUCUUUGUUUGAUCAAUUGAAUGAAUAACAUAGUUUUCUUUUUUUGCUCAGUCUUUUCAACAGAGUAUUAUUCCUGAACUUGAGACCAGGUUGAGAAGCAAGUGUGAAACUUUAGCAAGUUUUCACAAACCAACCAAACAAGCUGGUAUGAGUCACUACUUAUUUCUUGUAAAUGGACCAAGUUUGUGUUUAAUGCCAUGUUUUUAUUCAUGCAUUACUUUGGCCAUCUUUCAGAGAAUGAACAGUUGUCUUUUGCUAAAGCUACCCAGUUACCAGCAUUUCUUGAAAAUGAGAAACAGUUGUUGGACCAAGAAAAGAAGCAGUUGCAUCAUAAUCACAUGCUGAGAGACAAACAGUUUACACAAUUAUAUGAGGUUAAGUGUCUUUAUUGGUUAUUGUUCUACUUGAUGUUAACCAUAAGCCUUAGGUUGUUUACGUAUCAUAAAAAAACGUCAUUUAUAUCAGUGCCAAUAUAAUCAUGUUGCAGUCUACUGAGGAAACAUGUUUACUGUAGUUAUAAGGGUUCCUAAGGUCAGAUUCCUGUGUUGUUAAUGGUGAACUUUCAUUGAUAAUUUUUUUUUACUGUUUUUACAUGGCUUUGAGGAUAAAAAACUGACAUUAGCAUGAAAUGAAAUCAAAGUUUGGUUCUGAACCUAAGGUUUCACAUAUUGUUGAAAGACUUAGCAGCAAAAAACUAAUGAGUGAGGGAAGCCUGGGGAUGCCAAUUUGAUUGUAAGCAGCAACUUGCUCUUGCAAAAAUUCAUCACUGUUUUGUCCAGGGUUGCUUCUGGAAAAGGAAGAGAAACCAUGACAAAAUUGACUCAUGUGCUUCCAGGUCUUAGAAAUGGAUUUAGAUCAAGGGUGGUGGGUAGGGUCAGUAAAAUUACAAAUCACUUCACCAUUUCUGCCCAGCCAUUUAUGUGGACACUUUGUUUUGGUUUUAAUGCAGUCACUUCAAAUUCUACAAAAACUAAUGGCAGACCAUCAGCUGCAGUCUCAAGCAAAACAUGAUCGGGUGAUGGCAGAGUGGUUGGCUGCAAAGUGUGAUGCUAUGUGUCUGAAAGUCAGGUAUUAUUGA